AGUUCCGCAAGGAGCUCGGAGCUUCAGGCCCGUGGGUCCCAGCACCGCGCUCCCGCCGGCAACAUGGUAUUGGGACCGCAGUUUGAACCAUAGGUCUCCUCCUUGGGAAGGUGUCGGAGAGUAAUGGGGCGGUCCUUGGAGUGCAGCUGGUGGUGACGCUGCUUACCGCCACCCUCAUGCACAGGCUGGCCCCACACUGCUCCUUCGCGCGCUGGCUGCUCUGCAAUGGCAGUCUCUUCCGAUACAAGCACCCUUCCGAGGAAGAACUUCGGGCCCUGGCAGGGAAGCAGAGACCCAGAGGCAGGAAGGAGCGAUGGGCCAAUGGCUACAGUGAGGAGAAGCCGUUAUCUGUGCCUCGAGACACCCCAUUCCAGCUGGAGACCUGCCCCCUCACAGCUGUUGAUGCCCUUGUCCUGCGCUUCUUCCUGGAGUACCAGUGGUUUGUGGACUUUGCGGUGUACUCGGGUGGCGUGUACCUCUUUACAGAGGCCUACUACUACAUGCUGGGCCCGGCCAAGGAGACCAACAUCGCAGUGUUCUGGUGCCUGCUCACCAUCGCCUUCUCUAUCAAGGUGUUCCUGACGGUGACCCGGCUGUACUUCAGUGCAGAGGAGGGAGGCGAGCGCUCUGUCUGCCUCACCUUCGCCUUUCUGUUCCUGCUCCUGGCCAUGCUGGUGCAGGUGGUGCGGGAGGAGACACUCGAGCUGGGCCUGGAGCCAGGCCUGGACAGUAUGACCCAGAACUUGGAGCCACUACUGAAGACACAAGACUGGGACUGGGCUCUCCCGCUGGUCAAGCUGGUCAUCCGGGUGGGGCUGGCGGCGGUAGGCUCCGUGCUGGGCGCCUUCCUCACCUUCCCAGGCCUGCGUCUGGCCCAGACCCACCAUGAUGCGCUCACCAUGUCAGAAGACCGGCCCAUGCUGCAGCUCCUCCUGCACACCAGCUUCCUGUCCCCCCUGUUCGUCCUGUGGUUCUGGACCAAGCCCAUUGCGCGGGACUUCCUGCACCAGGCACCCUUUGGGAGCACUACCGUUUCUCUGCUGUCGGACUCGGCUUUUGACUCGCUGCGCCUCUGGGUGCUGGUGGCACUGUGCUUGCUGCGGCUAGCAGUGACCCGGCCCCACCUGCAGGCCUACCUGUGCCUGGCCAAGUCGCGCGUGGAGCAGCUGCGGCGGGAGGCUGGCCGCAUCGAGGCCCGCGAGAUCCAGCGGCGGGUGGUGCGGGUGUACUGCUACGUGACGGUUGUGAGCCUGCAGUACUUGACGCCGCUCAUCCUCACCCUCAACUGCACGCUGCUGCUCAAGACGCUGGGUGGCUACUCCUGGGGUCUGGGCCCGGUCCCCUCGCUGUCUCCUACCCCAUCCUCAGCCCGCGAUGGCCCGGUUGGCCCGGAGGAGGACGAGGCCCAGCAAACUGCUGCCCUGAUCGCUGGGGCCCUGGGCAGCCUGCUCACGCCCCUCUUCCUCCGUGGCGUCCUCGCCUUCCUCAUCUGGUGGAUCGCCGCCUGCCAACUGCUCUCCAGCCUCUUUGGCCUAUACUUCCACCAGCACCUGGCGGGCUCCUAGCCGUCUGCAGAUACUCCUGAGGUCCCAAGCUCUGGUCCUGGGCCAGCGGGACAUGGGCCGCCCCCUCAGUGUCCCCAGGUGCAAGGCGGCCCUGGGAGUCUCUGCUGUGCUAGCUGUGCCAGUCCCCUUCACCGCAGUGCCUGAUUCUGUACCCCACCCCCCUUGGACCUCGAGCUUCUGCCUCAAAACUGACUCCCCAGGCCCAGCAGCAGAGGGUCCCGUGGCCAGCUAUUGUUCCCAGAUUGCAUGUGCCCAGUUUGCAGGGUGGUAAGGGUUGGGGGAGGGAGACACUCUUCUAAACAAAUAAAGGAGCAAGCUGCUUUUUACAAAAAGGA